GGAGCAGCAGCAGCAGAAGCCUGUGGAGUAUCCGUCGGAUUGACCGGGAAUAAGAAGAGAAGGGCCAUGAGUGUGGAGGCGUACGGGCCGAGCUCCCAGACCCUGACGUUCCUGGACACGGAGGAAGCGGAGCUGCUGGGAGCAGACACCCAGGGCUCCGAGUACGACUUCACCGAUUUCACCCUGCCGAGCCAGACCCAGACCCAAGGCCAGACCCAGAGUCAGCUCGACGGACAGGUUAAUGGUCCUGAUGGGAUCCUGCAGAAUGGAGACGACCCUGUGUUGAAAGCCGGUCAUCUGCUGGCAGAGCUGAACUUUGAGGAAGAUGAGGAGGAUACCUACUACACCAAGGACCUUCCUGUUCAUGCCUGCAGUUACUGUGGGAUUCAUGAUCCAGCCUGUGUGGUUUACUGCAACACCAGCAAGAAGUGGUUUUGUAAUGGCCGUGGAAACACAUCCGGCAGCCACAUUGUAAACCACCUGGUGAGAGCAAAGUCCAAGGAGGUGACCCUGCAUAAAGAUGGACCUCUAGGGGAAACGGUGCUGGAGUGUUACAACUGUGGCUGUCGCAACGUCUUCCUGCUGGGCUUCAUCCCCGCCAAGGCUGACUCAGUAGUGGUGUUGCUGUGCAGGCAGCCAUGUGCCAGCCAGAGCAGCCUGAAAGACAUCAACUGGGACAGCUCACAGUGGCAGCCUCUCAUCCAGGACCGCUGCUUCCUGUCCUGGCUCGUCAAAAUCCCGUCAGAGCAGGAGCAGCUCAGGGCCCGUCAGAUCACCGCCCAGCAGAUCAACAAGCUGGAGGAACUCUGGAAGGAAAAUCCCACGGCGACCCUGGAGGACCUGGAGAAGCCAGGUGUGGAUGAGGAGCCGCAGCACGUCCUGCUCCGCUAUGAGGAUGCUUAUCAGUACCAGAACAUCUUUGGUCCUCUAGUGAAGCUGGAGGCUGACUAUGACAAGAAACUCAAAGAGUCACAGACUCAAGACAACAUUACAGUCAGAUGGGACUUGGGACUGAAUAAAAAGAGAAUUGCAUAUUUCACUCUUCCGAAGACGGACUCAGAUAUGCGACUGAUGCAGGGGGAUGAAAUUUGCCUGAGGUACAAGGGAGAUCUGGCACCUCCAUGGAAAGGCAUUGGACACGUCAUCAAAGUCCCUGAUAACUAUGGUGAUGAGAUCGCCAUUGAGUUAAGAAGCAGUGCCGGGGCUCCUGUGGAGAUCCCACACAAUUUCCAGGUCGACUUUGUGUGGAAGUCAACUUCCUUUGACAGGAUGCAGAGUGCCCUGAAGACGUUUGCUGUGGAUGAGACUUCAGUGUCUGGUUACAUCUACCACAAACUGCUGGGACACGAGGUAGAAGAUGUGGUCAUCAAGUGUCAGCUGCCCAAACGCUUCACUGCUCAAGGCCUGCCUGAUCUCAACCACUCCCAGGUGUAUGCUGUGAAGACAGUGCUGCAGCGCCCCCUCAGUCUGAUCCAGGGACCUCCCGGCACAGGCAAGACAGUAACCUCUGCCACCGUUGUCUACCACCUGGCUAGACAGGGUAACGGGCCAGUGCUAGUAUGUGCUCCAAGUAACAUUGCUGUUGACCAGCUGACAGAGAAGAUCCACCAGACAGGACUCAAGGUGGUGAGGCUGUGUGCCAAGAGCAGAGAAGCCAUUGACUCGCCUGUCUCCUUCCUGGCUUUGCACAACCAGACCCGCAACAUGGACAGUAUGCCAGAGCUUCAGAAGCUGCAACAGCUGAAGGAUGAAACUGGUGAGCUGUCAUCCUCAGAUGAGAAGCGCUACCGAGCUCUGAGACGUACCGCUGAGAGGGAGCUGCUUAUGAAUGCUGAUGUGAUUUGUUGUACCUGCGUUGGGGCAGGGGAUCCUCGUCUGGCUAAGAUGCAGUUCCGCUCGAUCCUGAUCGAUGAGAGCACCCAGGCCACUGAACCAGAGUGCAUGGUGCCUGUCGUCCUGGGGGCCAAGCAGUUGAUUUUGGUGGGGGAUCACUGCCAGCUGGGUCCUGUGGUGAUGUGUAAGAAGGCAGCUAAAGCAGGACUGUCCCAGUCUCUGUUUGAGCGUCUGGUAGUUCUGGGGAUCCGACCAAUUCGUCUGCAGGUCCAGUACCGCAUGCACCCGGCCCUCAGCGCCUUCCCCUCAAACAUCUUCUAUGAAGGCUCUCUGCAGAACGGAGUCACUGCUGCGGACCGUGUGAAGAAAGGCUUUGACUUUCAGUGGCCGCAGCCUGACAAGCCGAUGUUCUUUUACGUCACACAAGGCCAAGAGGAGAUUGCCAGCUCCGGAACAUCAUAUCUGAACAGGACAGAGGCAGCCAACGUGGAGAAAAUAACUACAAGGUUGCUGAAGGCCGGAGCAAAACCUGAUCAGAUUGGCAUCAUUACUCCAUAUGAGGGCCAGAGGUCCUACCUGGUCCAAUACAUGCAGUUCAGUGGCUCCCUCCAUACAAAGCUCUAUCAGGAGGUGGAGAUAGCCAGUGUGGAUGCGUUUCAAGGCAGAGAGAAAGACUUCAUCAUCCUGUCCUGUGUGAGAGCCAAUGAGCACCAAGGCAUUGGCUUCCUUAAUGAUCCCAGACGUCUAAAUGUGGCCCUCACCAGAGCCAGGUAUGGUGUGAUCAUUGUGGGAAACCCCAAGGCCCUGUCCAAGCAGCCCCUGUGGAACCACCUGCUGAACUACUACAAGGAGCAGAAGGUCUUGGUUGAAGGCCCCCUCAACAACCUGAGGGAGAGCCUCAUGCAGUUCAGCAAGCCACGGAAGCUGGUCAACACCAUCAACCCUGGGGGUCGAUUUAUGAGCACAGCCAUGUAUGAUGCCAGGGAGGCACUCAUUCCUGGAUCUGUUUAUGACCGCAGCACCAAUGGACGCAUGUCCAACAUGUAUUUUCAGACCCAUGACCAGAUCGGUAUGAUUGGCACAGGAUCCAAUACCAUGACAUCAAUGAAUAUCCCUAUCCCCUUCAACCUGGUGAUGCCCCCUAUACCGCCCUCUGGAUACAUGGGACAGGCCAAUGGGCCCACAGGAGGUCGUGGUGGAGGUAUGAAGGGGAGGGCAGGGAGCGGAGGUGGAGGCGGGACUCGAGGUGGCCGUCAACGAAACCGUGGCAACAUGGGUAACCAUGGUGGAGGGAAUGGAGGAGCGGAUCGUGGGCAUGGAGGACAUAUGAGCGGCAGCCAGGCCAGUCAGGACCUGGGCUCCCAGUCUUUCUCCCAGGGUCCUCUGACGCAGGGCUACAUCAACAUGAGCCAGCCUUCACAGAUGAGUCAGUCCGGGCUCUCACAGCCUGAACUCUCCCAGGACAGUUACCUAGGAGACGAGUUCAAGUCCCAGAUUGAUGUGGCUCUGUCCCAGGACUCCACCUACCAGGGGGAGCGGGCCUACCAACAUGGUGGUGUGACUGGACUGUCCCAGUACUAGACUGUUGCUGGAAAGGAGCUAGGCCUGUGUGAAGCUUAGUUCAUCGGUAUUUUAAUCCGGGUAAUAACAAAAAAGAACAAACAUGGAUACCCGUUUUCGACUGCUACAACCGAAGCACCACUGUGUGAAAGUAACAGGAGAGAGACCGUGAGAAACCAACCAAUCACAAGAGUGAGAGCAAAAAACAUGGGAGUAGAGCUGGACAGGAAGAGAGCAAGAGACCGGAGUGGGAGGUGGAGGAGAGAAGGCACUGCUGCUCACGUGCAAAGACAUGGCGAGGGAGAAAAGCUUGUCGUCGUUGGAGCAGCACAGGUGGAGAGGCACGACCUUGGACAGGUCAAGGAGGGACGGAAGGUCCGAUCAAUGCUGGAGAGGGGAGUAGGACAACUGUGUCAUCUUGUCCCUCUUGUGCCCCUGAACCCUCCGGCGUCUCCGGGCGGUGUGGUUGGGAUUCUUGGUCCAAAAGCUGAGAAAGAUGGAGAAGAAGAGGUGUCUUACACAAAAGUUCUCCACGCUAACCCAACAGGAUGUCCUCUGUGACUUGGAGAGAAAGAGAGAAAAAAGGGGGACACAACCCUUGAAGAGGUUGACAUGGCAACUUUUUUAAACUCAAAGCUUGAAUCGAGGCUCUGCAUUUGAUCACAUCUAAGCAUCCAGGAGAGACGAGUGUCAAAACGCUGUUUGGCUGUAGGAGUGAACUCUAAAGCGCUCGUGGUGUUGUGCCUCAAAGAGCUGAAAUGAUUAUUUGAGGAUUACACAACAGCCGUGGAUUGUUCGCUUUACUUUCUCAGCUUUGAGUUGGAAAGUUUUCUAAAUAGAAGCUGUUUCUAUCAAGGCUUUUCAGUGAUGUAAGCUUUUGUCGUCGGCCGUCUUACAAGGCUGGUCUGUGUAGGAAAUAGCUCUUGAAAAUUGUAAACGCAAAAAAACAAACAUCUUUGUCUCCAGAUCUGAGGACGUCGAUGAGUCCAAAGAUCUGCAGAGAGGGAGACAAUGUUGUUUUUGUUCUGCUAAAUGUUUUUCUUUAUUGUAGUGCAACAAAGUGAAAAACACCAUAACCAGCUUGAAACCAGCAGGUAGGGAUCAUCUUGAGCAUAUUCACGGCAGCUAAAAGCAUCAAUAAAGCCAAAUCAAGAGGGAGGUACUCCCCCCAAACCUUUGCCCUAAAACAUGCUUACAAUUAAUGUGCAAUAAAAGAAGCUUACUCUUUCAGUGAUAAGAAAAAAACGAGAACUUUUAUAUGGGAGAAAUCAUGAGCUUGUGUUUUCAUGACUCCUUGCUACUAAGACUUCUAACUUCGAAGCCCCCAUCUGAGAAAAAAGAGUUGAAGAGAAACUUGGGUUUUUGGUGAAGGAUAUUUUGAGAAGUAUUUGAACUGAUAUACCUUAUAUAAGUUAUAUGUUGUCCACGCACUGUCAAAUCAGGCUUGAAGACAUCUUUAAAUUAAGCAAUGAUGACCUAUGUGUAAUGUAUAUGUAGGUUGGACCUAGUCCAGAAAAUGACUUGUGUUUUCGUGUUUGUUAGUCUGUUGUCCUGAAGUUUUGAGCUCAUAGAAGAGUGAAAGAGUAGUUCAUGUGAAAAACAGAACAGUUAGUUUAGUAAACAUAAGUUCUUUUAGUUUCAGUUAUAUGUUUGUGUUUCACUUGCUAUAGACAUGUGAAGUUUUCAUGUAGCUUGUAUUUAAUCAGUAACUCUAAAUUUGACUAUAUAUAGCCUUUACUUUUUUGGUAAUCUAAAGGGCUUUUAUUUUCACAUCAUGAAAGUGUGUGACACUAACCCCUCCUCACUGUCAGUGCAGCUGUUUGUCGUGAACGGUUCUACCAUAGCCCGUCAUGAUUGUUUCAUCUGCAGAGAGAACCUAAGCUCCUCCUCAGGCUGCAAUAUAGACAGAAGGCAACCACAACUAUCGGAAUAUGUUUCAGCAAACAAGUCACUAUUAAGUUAUUUGUAUUUAUUUAAUUUUUAUUUAAUUUUAAUAAUGAAUUUUUAACAAACGCAGGUCAGUUUGUUUCCAAUGUGCAAUGAUGAUAAAUCCCCUUCCUGUACAGAAAAACAGAUUCACAUGUAUACCCCCCCCCCCCCCCCCUUAUCUGUGGAGCUGUAGAUCAUCUAUUUACUCAAGCACAUGGAUGAGAUAACCAUCAGCAUCUGUCUUUAAGAAGACAUGCAUCUGCCUGUGACCACCUCAUCCUUCAUUAACACAUAUUUCUGCAUGCACUGUGACUCGAGGGUAACUCUUUGAGUCUCUGCUAUACAGAUUUUCUUUGCCCUGAUUAUUUUCGGCUUAUUGAUUUGGCCUGAACUGUGAAUGAAGACAUUUUGUGUUUGCCACAUGGCCGAACCUGUCCGCCCACUAAUUUAUGUUUCUAGUAAGGAAAUAUUACUCACAAAAAAGUCUCUUGUGGAUUAUGUUGGGAAAUUAAAGUUUGCUUCUUUUGCGUGUUUUUAACUUCUUAAACUCUGUUU